CCUCUAAUUUUUUUCACAAAUUCAUCGCCCAGUACCAAUCACACGCAUUCCCAUUCCCCCUUUCUCUUCCACCCUGUGUCUCCUUCCAAUGGCGGCGUCAAACGACACUCCUAGAUCCGGAUCCGGAACUCCGGCCGGUGACGGGGAUGCCCCAGUACCGCCCGAGCGCAGGGUGGCCUUGAUCACCGGCAUCACGGGACAGGACGGAUCCUACUUGACGGAGUUCCUGCUGAACAAGGGGUACGCCGUUCACGGCCUAAUCCGGCGGUCCUCCAAUUUCAACACCCAGCGGAUCAAUCACAUCUACAUCGACCCCCACAACGCCCACAAAGCCCGCAUGAAGCUCCAUUACGCUGACCUCACCGACGCCUCCUCCCUCCGCCGCUGGCUCGACAGUCUCCACCCUGACGAGAUCUACAACCUCGCCGCCCAGUCCCACGUCGCCGUCUCCUUCGAGAUCCCCGACUACACCGCCGACGUCGUCGCCACCGGCGCCCUCCGCCUCCUGGAGGCCGUCCGCUCCCACAUCGCCGCCACCGGCCGCUCCCACAUCCGCUACUACCAGGCAGGGUCAUCCGAAAUGUUCGGGUCUACUCCCCCUCCCCAGUCCGAAUCCUCCCCCUUCCACCCCCGCUCCCCCUACGCCGCCGCUAAAUGCGCUGCCCACUGGUACACCGUCAAUUACCGCGAAGCGUACGGGAUCUUCGCCUGCAACGGAAUCCUCUUCAACCACGAAUCGCCCCGGCGCGGGGAGAACUUCGUGACGCGGAAGAUCACUCGGGCCGUGGGUCGGAUCAAGAUCGGGUUGCAGAGCAAGCUGUACUUGGGGAACUUACAGGCGUCGCGGGACUGGGGUUUCGCGGGAGAUUAUGUGGAGGCAAUGUGGUUGAUGCUGCAGCAGGAGACGCCGGACGACUACGUGGUGGCGACGGAGGAGUCGCACACGGUGCAGGAGUUCUUGGAGGCGGCGUUUGGGUACGUCGGAUUGAAUUGGAAGGAUCAUGUGGCAAUCGACAAGCGGUAUUUCAGGCCGGCGGAGGUGGAUAAUCUCAAGGGGGAUUCGAGCAAGACGAGAAGGGUUCUUGGCUGGAAACCCAAGGUGGGAUUUGAAAAGCUAGUGAAGAUGAUGGUGGAUGAAGAUAUUGAACUGGCGAAGAGGGAGAAGGUUUUGGUUGAUGCUGGGUUCAUGGACGCUCAGCAACAACCAUGAGUGAGUGAUUUGAGCGAUUUGUUUCUCGUAUCUGAUAAUUUGGUUCGGAUCGUACCAACCUUCUUCAAUGAUGAAGAUGGGAUCAGGUUGAAUGUUUUGAUUCAGAAGGAGAAGUUGGCUUCAAUUUGAAAUUAUCUGCAAGGAUGAUGAGCCAUUAUUGGUUUCUACAUUACCAGUAGCUGCUGCAAAUGGCUCUAUAGAUGAUCGAAGAGGUUCAGGCCCUUCUAUGAAAAUUCUAUUGCACAAUGCAUUGCAGUUACUAAUCACCUCAGUCAGGCUUCCUUUCAACUCCCCAAUCUCAACCUGCAAUGCAUGGACUGCAUCCAUUUUCCAAAAUAAAGAGUCAUGAGAAUACAAGAACAUCUAGACUGGAGCUUCAACACAGGUGGGCUACGGAAUACCUAACAACUAUUGCAUGCUGAAUUGAGGUAAGGCUGUUUCUGUCAGAUGAUUGUCCAUCACAAGUUGGCCUAGACGCUCAAGAUCAUCUUCAAGAAAAGUCAUCAAGAUAUUGCAUUGAAACUCCAUGGACUCUGAUGACCUUCUCCCUGGCUUUGAAGUGUCUCAUCAUGCAAACCAGUUGAAGGGGAUAUUUUCUUUCAUUCCUCCAAUGAAAUGGAAAUGCCCUCCCAAAGUGGCAGCUGACUGUUUAACACUCCACCUCAAGAUGGAUGUGAUUGAGUAUGAACAUCAAUUACACCUCUCUUGGAAAGCAAUGAAGCAAAGGAAGGAAAUUUUAGAGGUUUUGUGAAGAUGUCUGCUAGCUGAUUUUGUGAAGUGACUUGCAGUGUUUUGAUAACACCAGCUUGUAAUUUCUCCCGAACUAUAUGGCUGUCUAUCUCUAUAUAUUUUGUUCUCUCAUGGAAUAUCAGAUUAGCAGCUAUAUGUAGUGCUGCUUGAUUGUCACAAAAAAUAAAGGUCGACCUUGUAUACUCAAUCUUUAAAUCCUUCAAUAGUGAAAUCAGCCAAGUUAUUUC